AUGUCCGUGAACAUUGAGAGGAUGGAUGAGCACUGCCUCGCUAACAACGAAAUCGUGAAGAAAAAGAUGGAGCAUGACCACAAAUGCCUUACAGAAAAUCUGGCGGAUCUGGAGGACCACUCGUACCGCAAUAACAACCGCACGCGCAGAGUCUCAGAGUCCGUCACAAAUGAAGAGCCUCCAGAAUACCUUAAACAGCUCUUCCACACAAUACAGCCGAAUCUGGAAAAUGUAGACCUGCGCCUGGACAGAGCACACUGGGUACCCAAGCCUAAAAAUCUGGCACAGGAUGUACAAAAAAAAAAAAAGAUCUACUAUACUUGA